UAUUGCAGUGUUGGUGUGCUUUGCUAUUCAUCUUUGUUAUUUAUCUCACAGCGUCGUCUUCCCCGUUACUUUUGGCAGGCUCCUCGAGAGUAACGUGACGUGUCCAAUAGACGACAGCAUGCCUAUGUCAAGUGGCCAACUGGAACCGUCCAUGGCGACAAAUCCAGAGGACAUCGCUGUUGUGGUGGAAGUCCGUGGAGGAGAUAGAGCGAAGCAGUGCGGCAAGGUCGUAGCUGUGUCCAGCAGCGGACUUCGCGUCGAUUUUCGCUGCACGGGCCGACGGAACGAAUGGGUUCCUCUUGACCAAGCUCUCUUCUACUGGGCUAAUAUUAGUGCCUACUCGUACUCUGGACGGAGGCGCUCCCGAUUCUAUGGCGAUCAAGGGAUCGCGGAUCCCGUGGAGGUGCUGAUGCAGCGCAGUCCGUCAGAGCCGUGGACAUGGCAACCAGCCGGCGUCCUCGUUUACGACCGGCAACACGGUCAGUUCGCCUGGGUCGCCAUCUUCUUGCCCGGCGGAUUCAUCAGAACCGUCGUUCCUCGAAACCGCAUUCGCCGCCCGGCUUCAAUGGUUUCCUUGGCCAACGGAUUGCUCGAGACGAUGGAAGCGCGCCGCAUGGAAAACUUUAGUUUAGAAAACCAUCUGUUUUACAAUAAAUCCGUGCUCCGCCCUGUUGAGAGCGCUGCACCCACGAGCGGGAAGCAGCAAGAACGCCAGAACGGUUAUCGGGCCAAGGAGAAAUGGUGGACGGCUUUCCUGCCCUGUGGCGGCCGCUCCCCGUCACCAGCUCGGGUAGUUGUGGUGCCCGCGCCGGUUCUUAACGAGGACAGCGUAAUCCGCUUCCUGACGGUGGAGAUCUUAACGGAGAUCCUACAGUCCCUGCCCACGGUUGAUCAGUGCCGUUUGUGGACGGUGUGCAGCGGCUGGAACCGCGUCCUCACAUCGGCCGCUCUCAGGAACUUGCUGCACAUCCAGUUCCCCUCCACAUCCGAUGAAAUUCGUCCUGGCAGUGUCUACAUUGCUGUGGCCUGUGCACAUCGCUGCUGGAGUACGCGCACGGUGGCUAUCGUGGGUUCGCCAGUCCGGGAUGACUGCAAAGAGAAGCUGCGGCUGAAUCAUUUGCCUUUGUGCGAUGGGCUCUUUCUGCGCGCGCUGAUCAAUGGAGCCGUCGAGAAAUUCCCGCAGGACCUAGUGUUGAAGGACAUCAACUGCGAGUAUAUUCUGAAAGAUAAUGACGUGGAUUACAUCAUCACGCUACAUCGCGUCUUUGACCAGCUGGCGGCGGUUUGCCACACGCUUACCGUGAAGAACUUCACCUGCCAGAUCUUCAAGUCAGUUGCGGAUGGCCGGAUGCCCAUCACCAUUCACAUCCCGUUCGGACGGAUGCGCAGCGAUCGGCGUCUACGGAUGGCGGACUGGUGGGGUUUGAUUGGGAGAGGCUGUCCGCGACUGGAUGAAGAAGAGAAGGAUGAGGUGGGCUUCGUUAUCAACAACACGCCGCAGCAUUUUGCCAGACUUCGAGAAUUGCUGGAGAAGAUCGUCCGUGCACGGCAGACCAACGACCCCCGAAGAAAGGUCACGUAUUUGAAGCCGGCUCCAGCAGCAGGACAAUACCCGCUGCGUUGGGUCGAUGUGGACCGGCUGACACGAAUGACGCAGUAUCUCCUGUACUGUGCCAUAACCAACACGCCAUUCAACUGCAUUAUGACCUGGGACUAAUUUUCCACUGGAG